UGCCGCAGAGAAAACGGGUGGACUCUGCCCCGGGUGGGUGCAGAGUCGCCCGUUUUAUAUCCCUGCUAGGGAGUUGUUGUUGUGCCAUUUAUCUAUCCCAAAUAAAUAAAUCGCUUCGAAGGUUCUAGAGACGGUGCCCUCCCAUUUCUCCGACACCAUCGUCUCCUCCGCUUCUUCUUCUUCCGCCACACACACACACACACUCUCUCUAUCUCUCUCUAUCUCUAUCUAUUUCUCUUCAAUUCUUCGUAACCCACCCUAGAAGAAGAAGGGAAGGGAAGGGAAGGGAAGGGAGGUGUCGAUACGAUAAUGGCGGGGAUCGGGCCGAUCUCGCAGGACUGGGAGCCGGUGGUGAUCCGCAAGAAGGCGCCGACGGCCGCCGCCAAGAAAGACGAGAAGGCCGUCAACGCCGCCCGCCGCUCCGGCGCCGACAUCGAGACCGUCAAGAAGUAUAAUGCUGGUACGAACAAGGCUGCUUCUAGCAGCACGUCCUUCAACACGAAGAAGCUCGACGAGGAUUCUGAAAACCUCGCCCAUGAGCGCGUUCCAAGUGAACUGAAGAGGAAUAUCAUGCAAGCUCGAUUGGAUAAAAAGUUAACACAGGCUCAGCUCGCGCAGAUGAUCAACGAGAAGCCCCAGGUCAUUCAGGAGUAUGAGUCGGGGAAAGCCAUUCCCAACCAGCAGGUAAUCUCUAAACUGGAGAGGGCUCUCGGAGUAAAACUGCGAGGAAAGAAGUAAUCUGCAACCCUAUAUAUAUAAUGUGGCCUGUAGCUGUUUCCUGCAACAGAGUCUGGAUUUCAUCUAUGCAGCUUGUCGAUCGAUAUGUGUUGCGUUUGUGGUCUUUUGCUUUGGCGCAUGCAUGAAAAUAACUUUCGUUGCAAGGGAUUGUAGGACUCUAUAAUAUGUUCGGGUAUAUGAUCGGUUUAACUUGUGUGUCUUGUGGAAAUUGCUCAAUACUCUCCUUUAUGUGCAAGAUGUCUCUAUCUUCUUUGGACCUUC